CAUUAGCGUGUAGAGCUUUAAUAAAAUGGCUGAAUUGGAGGAGGAGCUUGAAAUCCAGCUUGCUUCUCAGCGUGAAGCCCUGUUAAGCAUCGAGGAGGCUAUUAAAUCACUUGAAAGCGAUGCCGGCGGCGUGGAAGGGACCGCAGAGCUGCUGCAGAUGCGGGAUGAUCUGCGAGCGGCUGUCGCGGAGCUUGAGAACGCUUUGCUGGAGAUAAAGCGAGCUCGCAUCCUGCAGCAGCUAUCAGCGAGUGCUCCUUCCAUAGACGUCAACAGCUCAGCCGCUGGGAAAUUGGCUCCUCCUGCCGCAUCAGGUGUAGCUGCUAUAGCAGCGCCUGCAGUUGCCCUGCCAUCAGCAAAUUGCGGAGGCGGAGAUGCCCACGGUAGUGUUCCCCAGUAUCCCCCAGCUGGCAGCCUAUGCCGCUUUCGCUACAUGGAUGGAAGAUGGUACGCUGGCCUUGUGCAAGGCCCUGGACGCCAGGCCGGCACGCUGUCCGUGCGCUUCCAGGUGCCCACCCGCCCCUUCAUGCUGGACCCGGUGGAGGUCAUGGAGGGCCUCGUUGUACGACAACAGCACAUCACACCCCCGUUGUACGACAACCCGGUCACCACGUCCCCCCGCAGCGGACUCGAAGCACAGCCGCAUCAGCCCCACUACAACCAGCAGCACCACCAGCAGCAUCGUGGUGCACUAGCAGAGGCGGAGGCGUUGGUGGGUCGUCGCGCGCUGGCUCAGCUGCCCGGCUGCCGGCUGUACGUGCCUGUGGAGGUGCUGGGG